UCUCGAACAUGGACGAACGGCGCCACCCCACUGCCACAAAGUGUUUCAUGUGGCAAUAUUGGGAGGACUGAGCCACCCUGUCACCCCAGAGGCAGCUCGCUCUGUCCAUCCCUUGGCUGCCUCGGUUUCUGUCUCUCACCAUCCUCCAACCCCGUCCAGCCAUGUUGACACCCACCAGCAGCCAGCACUAUUCCUGUCCUGCCCACGGCACCGACCACGAUUUGUUCCUCUCCUACCAAGCCCAGACUGAUGCCGACACUGUCCAGGCUCUGAAGGAGGUGCUCACCUCGGUCGCCCUCCGUCGAUAUGGCAAAACCCUUUCCGUCUUCCACGAUGUCGACUGCCUCAACAAUCCCAGCGACCCUCCAGCCAGUUCUAUCAAUGCCCUCUCCACCAGCAAGGUCAUCAUCCUGCUCCUCAGCAAGGCCUCGAUGGACAUGAUGAAGGACAAGGCACUCUCCGACCAAGAGGACAAUGUCGUCCUCGAAAUCAAGACCGCCCUCGAUCUCAAGGAUGCCAAUCGUUCCCUCCCUGUCCUUCCCCUCGGUAUCGCCACCAAGGAGACCAAAGAUGGCGUCGAUGUCUUCACUUCCUUCCUGCCGUACAUGGUGUCCCUCCCCGACGACCCUGCUUUUGCCCCCCUCAAGCAGAUCCUCGGCAGAGUGAACCAGAUCCAGUCCUUUGGCUUCCAUCCCGACCAGAUGCACAAGCGAGUCUACCGCCUCCUCAACCUCGUCCAUCCCAUCCCACCCAACAUGGAGUUCAUUACGGCCAUUCAUGACAAAUACUUUUGUGAUUCCAAGUUCCGAUUCGAUCCCGCCCACCUCGACACCCUGCUCAAGCACCUCACCCUGACUGGCCGCGCUGUCAUCUCCGGCAUGGGUGGCAUGGGCAAGUCUGUCCUGGCUGUCCAGAUCCUGUUCUUCAUGAUGGGCAUUCUGAAUGCGAGCAACAAGGACGACCUCCAUGUCAUCAAAGCCGAAACCAUCGGCAUCAAGCCGCAGUACCGCCAGGUCUUCUGGCUCAACUGCUCGACCGAGUCGACUGCCAUCGAUGGACUCAUCGAGAUGUUCCCUGGUGUCAAACCCGAUGAGAUCAAGGAGUAUGCCUCGAGGUUCCUCGCCAACACCCACGGCUAUCUCCUGGUGCUCGACAAUGUCGACGACAUCGGUGUGGUCGACUCUGUGUUUGAGCACUCCAAGUCGGUCGGGUUCAGCGGCGAUGUGGUGGUGACGACCCGGCUGGCCUCGCUGCCUCCUGGUGCAUUCGCCAGUGCUCUUGAGACCAAGGCACCGUGCUUCCAGCACGAUCUGCUCCGGCUCGUCAACUGGGACGACAAAACCACACUCGACUAUAUCAUGUCGUCGUCGCCAAUGAUUGUCCAGCGACUUGUGUCAGACGAGGCCAAGAAGUCCCUCGACAGCAUCGUGGCCAAGAUCAGUGGAUAUCCGCUCGUCAUCCAGACAUUCAUGACAUUUGCCGAGAACUACGACACUCCCCUGUCGGUGCUCGAGGCCACGUUUGCAGGAGCAUUGGCGCUGCAGGAUGGCGAUGACGAUACGCGGUCGUCGCUCAAGGUGAUUGUGGAUCUGUCGCUGGACUCUCUGAUGAAGCGAGGAGAUGAGGGCAUCGAGGCAGCCAGGCUGUUCGGUGCCCUCAGUUUGGUUGCGCCGAUCAACAUCCAGUUCGAGUUGAUCAAGGAGAUUGCAGAGCAGUUGGAACUCAAGACCGAAGUGACCGAUCUGAUCAAGAUGAUGGUCCAGAGUGGUCUCCUCCGAAGUGGAACCGAGGGACAGUACUCGACACACUCGCUCACCCAGCAGGUGGCUCGAGAGUACGUCCAACGACAUGAAGACCUGGAUGCAGAGGCAAUUGAAGAUGCAACUGGUGAAGUAUUGAUCGAGUUAACCGAGUCGAUGGAUCUCAAGGCACAAUCAUUUGCGGAGCAUCUCGAUCAAUACGCCGAAUAUACAGUGCCAGAGGUUUACACCAAGCAACUGCAUGACCGGUUCGAGUUCCAAGUUGCCACAUUGGCUAUCCAUAAGCCACUCUACACCAAGGCGAUGGAGACAUACAAGAGGCACUUGGAACGAGUUACGGUGCUUUUUGGCACCCGCGCGCAUCCUCAUGUUGCCAUGACUCUCAAUAAUAUGGGUGAAGUGGCAAGAUUCCAAGGACGUCUAGAUGAUGCACUUGCUUUCUAUGAAGAGUCACUCGAUAUCUAUGUCAAGAUCUAUGGUACACGCGAGCAUCCCGAUGUUGCCUUGACUCUCAACAAUAUGGGUGAAGCGACAAGAUCCCAAGGAUGCCUGGACGAUGCACUUGCUUUCUUCCAAGAAUCACUCGACCUCUAUGCCAAAGUCUAUGGCACCCUCGAGCAUCCUCAUAUUGUCACGACCCUCAGCAACAUGGGUAUUGUGGCAAGUGACCAAGGACGCCUGGGCGAUGCAUUUGCUUUCUACCAAAAAUCACUCGAUAUCACGAUCAAAACCUAUGGUACCCGCAAGCAUCCUGAUGUUGCUUCGACCCUCAACAGCAUGGGUAAUAUGGCAAAUGAUCAAGGACACUUGGACGAAGCACUCGCCUUCUACCAAGAAUCCCUCGACAUCAAGGUCGAUAACUAUGGCACCCGCGAGCAUGCCGAUGUUGCCAUGACCAUCAACAACAUGGGUAAUGUGUUACGAUCCCAAGGACGCCUGGACGAUGCACUUGCUUUCUUCCAAGAAUCACUCGAUAUCUUUGUCAAGGUCUAUGGUACGCGCAAGCAUCCUAAAGUCGCCGGGAUCCUCAACAAUAUGGGCUUGGUGACAAGUGACCAAGGACACUUGGACGAAGCACUCGCCUUCUAUCAAGAGUCGCUCGAUAUCUAUGUCAAGGUCCAUGGUACUCGCAAGCAUCCUGAUGUUGCCUCGACCCUCAACAACAUGGGUAAUAUGGCAAAUGAUCAAGGACGCCUGGACGAAGCACUCGCCUUCUAUCAAGAAUCCCUCGAUAUCAAGGUCGAUAACUAUGGCACCCGCGAACAUCCCGAUGUUGCCAUGGCCCUUAACAACAUGGGUGCAGUGGCAAGUGGCCAAGGGCGCCUGGACGAUGCACUUGCCUUCUUCCAAGAGUCAUUGGCAAUUUGGACCAAGGCAUUCAAUGACCCCGAGCAUCCGUAUAUCCAGAUGGUUAUGGGAAACAUUGCUGAAACCGAGAAACAAAUCAUCGAGCGAGCCUAGGAGUUUCGAUAUCAAUCCUCGAAGAAGCUGUAGUAUUAGCACGAUAAAAGA